UUUUUCUUGGCUCAUAACACCAGUUAGAGUGUGUGAGAUUUUCAUCUCCAAGGAAAAGAAAGAAUGGAAAAACAGAAAAUGGGUGUGUUAAGGGCUGCAAUUGGAGAUGCAAUUCUGACAUCAACGUGGGUUUUCAUCAUCUCAACUUUGAGAAUUGCUUCAACGGAGGUAGCACUUUUCCUCAGCCUCCAACCAUUUUCAUUUGCAGGUCUCUUCAUCACCACAGUUUUGAACACCCUCUAUGUGCUCACCAUAAGCUUCAUUGGAAGCGUGUUAGGCGGUGCCAGCUUCAACCCUUCAACCACAGUUUCAUUCUACACUGCAGGUCUCAGACCUGAUUCAUCUCUUGCAUCAAUGGCUGUUAGGUUCCCUGCUCAGGCAUUUGGUGGGGCUGUUGGAGCCAAGGCUCUUCUUCUUGUUAUGCCAUCACAGUACAAGCAGAUGCUGAAAGGUCCUUUUUUGAAGGUGGACUUGCACACUGGUGCCAUUGCUGAGGGGUUCUUGACCUUCACUCAUAACAUGGCUAUUCUCUUUGUGAUGCUGAGGGGUCCCAAGAACCCUUUUUUGAAGGUCUAUUUGCUUUCUGUUGCUACUGUUGCUUUGGUUAUCCCUGGUGCUGGGUUCACUGGCCCUUCCAUGAACCCUGCCAAUGCCUUUGGAUGGGCCUUUGUCAACAACAAGCACAACACCUGGGAGCAGUUUUAUGUCUAUUGGGUAUGCCCUUUCGUAGGAGCAUCCUCUGCUGCUUUCAUCUUCAGGUCUCUAUUUAUGGCACCAAUCAAGCACAAGAAGGCUUGAAAUGCAUUUUAAUUGCUUCUUCUUCCCCUCUGUUGUGUGUAUCUCUGUAUGUUUCUAUUAUAUGGC